GUUUGAAGGUUUUUUGUGUCAUCUGGAGUUGGAAUAAUAUUAAAAACAUAAUAUUUCAUCAUUAUGGAUUCAGUGGGAGUGAAUGUGAUAGCAACUGCAGCUCUGGAGAGACCCUUCCAGCUGUGGAUGCUGUAUGACUGUAGAAAGGAUGCACUAAUACCAGGAAUCAGACUUUGGAAUAAAGAUCAGAUUCAGCUGAAUACAUCUACUUGUCCACAAAUCAAUACUGAUUACAAAGUCACAUCUUCAGACUCCUUUGAGGAAAAAUCGCACAUACUGAACAUUGACGGCGGUCUGAAAUUGAGUUUUUUAUGUGGACUCGUCAAUGUAACAGGAGCAGCAAAAUAUCUCAAAGACACCAAGAAGUCUUUCAAACAACAGAGACUGACUUUACAUUAUCAUUCAACCAGCAAGUUUGAAGAACUGACCAUUAAUCACUUGACUUCUGGAGAUACGGCUCACUACGAUGAGGAUCUCGCCACACAUGUGGUGACAGCAGUGCUGUAUGGAGCAGACGCCUGCUUUGUGUUUGACAGAGAAGUUUCAGCAGAUGAGGACAAAAAUACUGUAGAAGGAGAAUUAAAAGCUGCUUUUGAUAAAUUACAGAGCAUCAUUUCAGCAGGUGCAAACAUUAAUCUGAGUAUAAAUGACAUUCAGACGACUGUAGUCCAAAAAUUCACUUGUAAAUUUUAUGGAGACUUUCAGUUACCGUCUAAUCCGACCUCUUUUGAAGAUGCUUUGAAGGUUUUUGAGGAUCUUCCAAAACUGUUGGGAGAAAACCAGAAACUUGCGGUUCCAUUGAGAGUUUGGCUUUAUCCUUUAGACAAACUCCUCUCAAGAGAUGUACAACUUCACAAAGACAUCAGCAUCGAUCUAAUCACAGACAUUGAAUCAGUGAUUGAGAGUUUAAACACAAUUGAGAUGAAAUGCAGUGAUCUUCUGAAAGACACGCCUGCUUUGACCUUCACAACAUUUCAUCAUAAGAUACAAAACAUGAAGCAAAACUGUUACAGGUACAAGUUGAGUGUCAUGAAGAAACUUGGCUCUCUGUUACCAAACAUCCGUGGGAAAGUGACAGAGGAAACGGCACUGACUGAUCUUCUACAUGAUCAUGAAGAAUCUCCAUUCAGAGGAAGUGAUCUUGAUCGAUGGCUGAAAGAGAAAGAGCAGGAAUCUGAUGUCAUGAAAACAUUGCUCAGACAACUGAAUGACUCUGGAGCAAAAGUAGAAGUCAACCUAAAUACAGUUUUAAUGGAUCUGAAAGUUGAAACUGUUGUCAUGUACACUUUCACAUCAUUGGAGUGGCCAGAUGAGCUUCUUUCUAAACAAAAGACUUUCCUGAGUCCUUCAACGAAGGGAAAACAUGAUGUGAAAAUGUCUGAAUCCAGGCAAAACUCAUGGCUCACUUCUGACAUCCAAAAGACUAUGAGGAACAACUUGAAGAUAUUUAAAAACUUGAUUGAUUCAAAAUAUCGUAAAUCAGCCAAAUUUAUUGUUGCAUCAAAAGAAAUGGAGAAUAUUUCAGGUUCCUGCAUCCUCCUGUAUGAAAAUGGACAUGAUGAAGCCGUUUGUUUCACUCCUCCAUCAAAACCAGACUGUCCAAUCACUGAAGAGGUCAGAGGUGCUCGAGUGGUUUUGAAGGUAUCUCCAUCAUGUCCUGCUACAGUAGAACUCAAGUUACUGUAUAAAAUGAAGGAAGAGAGAGACUGGACAUCUCAAACUGUGCUGAAGGAUCAUACAGUUACUGUAACUGAUCUGAGAUCAGAAACUGAGUUUGAUAUUAAAUGUGCAGCAGUGGGGAAACUCAACUACACCACUGAAUCUGAUGUCAUCAGAGUAACAACACAGGUAUGAUGAUCAAACAUCAUCUAAAUAACUUAUAUUAAUACUUACCUAAAAAUAAAUUCCCAAAUUAAAACGUUUGACUUUGUUUGUAGAACACAUAAAGAGAUGUUUUGGGAGAAUGUCAGAGCUUCUGUUUAUCCUUAGAUAGAUGGAUGAUGAUUUACACCGCCAAGCAAAAAUACAAAGAUUGUGAUAAUCUUCAUGAUACUUUUAUAGUUUGUUGUA